AUGUCUUCCUUUUCCUUGUUAGAUGAACUCAACGAAGAAGAAAUAAUUCAUCAUCAAGCGAAACAAAAACAUGGAUCAAAAAAAAAGUCAAAAAAACAUUCUCUGUACCGGGAAGAGUUUUCAUGGAUUGCGAAUGACGAGGUGAUUUGGUUUCAUGUAUUGACCUUUUUGGAUUUUAAAUAUUUAUUUCAGAGUUGCACUCGAAUUGACAAGAUGAGAUGUGACAUGAUUUAUGCCAAGUCCAUAGGUCAUCUUGUAUUGAUGAGUGAAUUUAAAACCAUGUUGAAUGGAGAGGAGGAACAAGACACCCGAGUAUGGUUUCAGAAAUUUAUGCCUUUUGAACCUUUAAAUGAUUUGUUGAAUAGAGUGGACCCUCUAUGUCAAUUUAAGGAAAUUAGGGAUUUUGUGACAAGACAUUUGAAUGAACAGACCGCCAGUGAACAAGAGGCCCCCAUUUCUCAACACUUACAAUUGAAACUGCAUGGUACUGAUCAUUAUGAAUUUCGAGUUUUUGUAAAAUUAUUUCACAAGCUAUGGAAACGAAGAAAUCGAAUUCGUAAUUUUAACAUGAAAAUUCGAAUGAGAUAUCCACAACACAAAAUUCCAUCUUGUUGGGGUGAUGAAGAUACAUAUCGAAAAAGUUUUCACAUUCCAAAUCAAGCUAAACAUGAUGAAGAUCGACGAGUGGAUCAAUAUCAAUCUCAUAUCAAGGAUCUUGACCUCAAUUCGAGAAGGCAGUAUCAUUGUGAUCAUUUUGAGAAUGUCAUUCGAAUGGCAGAUGCUCACAUCAUGAUUUCACAAUGUAAGGCAUGUGGAGUCUCAAUGGAAAUUUCUCAAUGCACUCCCGAAAUUCUAAAUAAAAAACGUUAUUAA